AUGCCGAAUGCAUCAACGCAUCAACUAGCAAAUCUCGUAAUAGAUUAUUCAAUUAUUGUUUUGAAUUCAAUAAGUAUUGGCAUCUCAAUCAUAGUUUUCACAUUUAUUGUCUACCAUUUGAAGAAAACUCGAAAUUCUUCUAAUAAGAUCCCAUUUCUCCUUACCGCAAACAUGUAUUUAUCCAUAAUUUUAUCGUGUGUUUUGCUGCUCAAAGAAUACAUCCGUAUUUUACCAGGACAUCUGUUCUCACUUGACACGUUAGAUGAUGGGAUUCUCUGCCAAAUUCGUGCUUAUUUUUUAUGGGCAUCGAACUGCACAAUUUAUUAUUCAAUAACGCUGCAAUCUUUAUAUCGUUUAUGUCGAAUUCUAUACCAUACAAAACAACGUUUCCUGUCUUUGCGAUUUUAUGAAUUGUUAAUUCUUUUACAAUGGAUCUUUUGCUUUCUCAUCAUGAUUCCCGGUCUUUUUCUAGGUAAUUACAUAUAUUUACAAGGUGAUUAUUUCUGCCAAAUAGAUUACACGAAAUGGAAGAAUAUUAUUCUCAAUGGUAUCUUAGCUUAUUACAUUCCGAUAAACGUCACAAUUGGAUGUUACUUUUAUACAUUAAGAAAGAUUAAACAGGACAGGCACUCCACAGUUUUUACAGUGGCGCGUAUCCAACAAGUCACUGCACGACGAGAUUUGAUCGUUGUAUCACGACUUUGUGCUCUUUUUGGUCUAUUAACAAUGAUCUCAAUACCAGCAGUGACUGGUUAUUUCAUAUACGUUUUCACGGGAUAUUUACCAUGGUGGUUAUCACCUCUUCAAUGGCUCGGUUUUAGUUUGAUCAUGAACAUUGUCACCAUUGUGCUUGUCUUUAUAUCUCCACAAGUUCGAAUUUUAUUCACUUGCCAUUAA